CUAUCAAAUAUACAUAUCUGUUUGCCUUGACUUGGUGCAGAUGUAGAAAAUUUUCAAGUUUUUGACUCAUCUCUAUUAUUGCGCGCUUAGAUGUGUGCGGGAAGAUUUCGUUACGAUGUCAUCUAGUACAAAAAAUCGUAUUCUUCACAGUGAUGUCAACAUCUUGCCCGCAAACUCAUGAGUCAAGUGAAACGAGAAAUAGUGUAUGCGUGAUUUAUUGAUUUUUUGUUUGCGUUCGGGGAUUGGGGGUACUCGAAAAAGUGUUUUCAACUAACUUCCUUUAGCGUCCACAAUACACGAAAACAGUGCAAAAGUAACCUGUGCAGUAUGACUGACUACACACAAACGGCCACCGUGACCCAGACGACGACGGUGACUCAGCCGUACAUACGGUACGAUCCGGCGUACAUAACAACCAUUCCGGGAAUCAUCAAAAUAGUGUGCAUCAUGCUGAACCUGAUCGGAUUCAUAUGCAUUGAGGUGUCCUACUUCAGCUACCACUCGCGAGGAUCCUUCUUCAACACCGUCGCGAUGAUGGGGUUCUGGUUCACGGGCAUCAUGCUGGUGUUCUAUCUGUUUCAUGUGUGCGAGAGGUUCCACAAGAUUCCGUGGUUAAAAAUAGAAAUGUACUUCUGUGCGGCGUGGGCCUUGCUCUACAUGCUGGCCUCGUCGUUGGCCGCGGCGACCAACGUUGAGGCGUUUCAAGCAGCUGCGUUUUUCGGUUACUGUGCCAUGAUCGCGUACGGGUACGACGCAUUCCUGAAGUACAAAGCUGUCAGUAGCGGUGAAAUCGCUCAGGGAGAUAGAGCCGUCCAGGUGCAACAACAGCAACAAACAAUAUCCACCGUAACGACCUACUAGGGUGGAGAGUCACCAGCUAUGCUACGAACUCACUGCACGUUUCUAGUGAUAAGAAAAAAACAAGUUUGUCGCUUUCAAUCGCAAUGUCAAUCAAGAAUUCACGUUAAUUAGUUGGUAAAUGUAAAUUAUUUUGUUCGGUUUAAACAUGUACAAUUUUGCUGCGUCCUGAUUGGCUCUACAAAGAAUUGUUUCAUUGAUGUUACACUCAGAAACUUUUGAAUCUCUAGUUGACAUUACGUUAAGAUUUCUCGUUGUAAACUAGUAUUACUUAUGGAAAUAUCGGAUGAUGUUUUUUCGAUUUUUUGGAGCAGUUUUACAUUUUUACAGUUUAUUGUUCAAUCUACACGCUUAGUCUAACAACAUGAAAAAUCUCAGAAAUGAAAUUUCGAACCAAUGAAAACAGUUCCACCGUUCAAUGCGCCUUAAAUAUGGUCUUAAUGUGCUAGUGUAACAAGUAUCACGGUAAACCAAAUAUACCAUCCUCCGUCGUAUCGUUGGAGUGUGAUUGAUAGUCGCUGAUUGCAACAGAGCUCUAACCGCAGGUAACUUACUUCUUAUCAUUCAGACAUAGGAUCAAAAGCUGUAUCCUGGAUACAGUAUCCAGAAGUCUUGUAUUGUCAUAAAUCUCAACAAACAUAUGAGGAUCAGCUUUUAUUUAGAAAAAUAAUUAAUUUUAUUGGCAAUUUUGUUCUUUUUUGUAUAAUACUAAUUGUUCAUUAUUUAGUUAAGGUUAAAUAGUUUAAUCAACUGUAAUGCUGGUAAGCCACUACAUCUACGAUUUUCUAAAGAAUGUUUAUGAAAUGUCGACAUCGAUAAAAUAGCUAACGAGCUGUAUUAUACUGGAUAUAGCAGCAAUACAUACAAGAGAUGUUGUUGGAGCACACCAGUCUACCAGCAAGAUGCAGAAAAAGAAAGAAAGGUGGAAACAUUUGUCACUUUUGAGUGUAUUAGUUUGAUACUUGUAAAUACUUGUAGACAUAGCGUCCGGCUCUCUGAAGGUAAACAUAACCAUCGUGACGAGAAUAUGCUUCUUUGGCGCGGGAUGUAAAGAGAUAAAAGGCCCAGCUUCACCUCAUUCCUCCGUAUCGAAAACUUAGGGACACUAUUUAUGUCAAAACCACCGAGAAAAAGAUGGGUGGGUAAUGUCUGCGACAUAACCGGAGAGAUGUAGAAUACAUAAGGAACACGUUCUUUAAAUAUUUUGAUACUCAUUGGAAUUUUCGGACAAAAGGUGAUUUGGGCGAGGAAUAUUUCAAAUUAUUCUUUACAAAAAUGAUGGUGGUCCUGAAAAGGACCGGUUUUGUUGGCGUUGUUGGCCUUGGUGAGGGAGAUGGCUAACGAUGAAAUUAAUUGUUAGCAUGAGGAAGUCGCGUAGUACUGGCCAAUGGAAGAACAGAUAAUAAUUGAUUCCUGAAAAUCAAUUUUUCUUUAUUCAUGUAAAUUAUACAUACUUACAAAUCUAGCAGAAGAUUCCUGAUCAUAUUUCUGAAUCAUUAGUGCGAACAUUGUGUAAUUUGGUUAAGUACAAUGAAAGUUACAAACUUUCCAAACUCGACCUUCUGUUCCUUCAGAAAUAUUGAAAUGGGGUGUCUAUAUUAAACCGUUAGUCGUGGUCACAAUAAAAAAAAGAUGGGUGGGUAAUGUCUGUCACAUAACCGGAGCGUCGUGAUUUCAAUUCGAGACGUUAAUUUAAAUCUAAUAAUAUUCAACAGAAUCACAUUUGAAUGGGAAAUUUUCAAAUAAUUCUCUAUGGUAAUAAUGGUGGUUCUGAAAAGAACCUUUGGUAUCGGCGUUGGUGUUGAUGGUGAUGCGCUGGAUCGUUGGAUAUUUUUGGCAUGAUAGUUACGUGCCUGGCGAACUGUUUUGUAGCCUCGAACAAAACGACAAGACUCUCUUCUUCGGGUACCAUUACGGCUGAACUUUAUAAACUUAGCUCGACUUUGAAAUCCUGCACAAUCUCACGAAUCAGACACUAGUAGGGCCAUUUUGUUUGCUACUAGCACGGAGCUGCACAAAAAAACCAUUUAAUGCAGUUAGUUCACGGGGGCUGCCAAAAAGCUUGAAUAUAAGCAUGCGACUUCAACGUUUCUCUUAAACACAUGCAACA